CAUAAUUCGUGUCAUUUAUAAGAGUCAGAAUCGUUUUGUAAAUACUUACAGAGUACUUUUUUAUAUCAAUAUAUAAUAAUAAAUAUAUAAAUUAAAUUUAUUAUAAUUGAUUGAUAAGUUCACUUUUUGGCUCAGUAAUUUAAAAAAACAGUCAUUUUGAUACUUUUCUACAGCAAGUUAAUGGAGUUUUAUAUUGCACUUAUGAAAUGAUAAAUUGAAUAUUGUAUUCAACAUGAAAUAACUACUGUAAAUUUCCUUGUAUAUAUAUGUAUGUAAUGAUUUGAAUCACAGAAUAUGUUCAAACUAAGGAAUUAAAUCAAUCAAAUUUUUAUCAUGGAAUUUUUUAAAAGUGGUCUAAAGUCAGUUCUGGGUACUUCUAAUCUGGAGAAUCAACCAACUGGUGCAGAAACUGUAGAACGACUUAUAGACAGAGUAGCUUCUUCAACAUUAUUAAAUGAUAGAAGAGAUGCUUGUCGAGCAUUAAAAGCACUUUCUCGAACGUAUAGAGUUGAAGUAGGUGCUCAUGGUAUGGAGGCAUUGAAACAAAUUUUGGACAUGGAUAAAACUAACUAUGAAAUUGUUGGAUUAGCAUUGGAGAUAUUAUACAAUAUAACAAGUCCUGAUACUUUUGGUCAAGAAGGUAAAGAACCAGAAUUAAAACAUAAUAUUGGAGAACAGUUUACUGAAAUUUUGAUUAAAAAAGAGGGUUAUGUUGCACUAAUCCUAAAGUUUCUUGAAGAAUUUGAUUUUAGAGUCAGAUGGCCGGCUUUAAGAUUAUUGAGAAAUUUAUUAACUAACAAACUUAAAAAAAUGCAAGAAAUUAUUUUAAUCAGUCCAAUGGGAGUUUCUAAAUUGAUGGAUAUGCUUAGCGAUAGUAGGGAAGUUAUUCGAAAUGAUGCUCUCUUGGUUCUUAUUCAGCUAACAAAAGGAAAUACUAAUAUCCAGAAAAUUGUUGCAUUUGAAAAUGCAUUUGAUAGAAUUUACGAGGUUGUUUUAGAAGAAGGAGGUAUGGAAGGUGGAAUAGUAGUUGAGGAUUGCUUAUUACUGAUGAUUAAUCUUCUGAAAAAUAAUUACAGUAAUCAGAAUUUUUUCAAAGAAGGAAAUUAUAUACAAAAACUAACAUCAAUGUUUAAAUUUUCAUUUAAUAAUAAUGAUGAUAGUUUUUUUGAAUGGAGUCCACAGAAGUUAUCUAACGUUCAUUGCAUAAUUCAAGUAGUUCGAGUACUUGUGGCGCCAAAUGGACCGGUUUUGUUAGUAAAUACUUGUCAAAAUAUAAUGAAAAAAUGUGGAUUAUUGCAAGCAUUGUGCAACAUUUUGAUGAUAAGUGGAGUACCUGCUGAUUUAUUAACUGAAACUAUCAAUGCGGUUGCAGAAGUCAUUCGAAGUAACGCAUCUAAUCAAGAUUUAUUGGAUCACGUCAUGGCUCCUAGUAAUCCGCCCAGGUCAGCCAUAAUUAUUCUGUUGAUGUCGAUGGUAAAUGAAAAACAACCUUUUCCUUUGAGAUGUGCUGUUUUGUAUUGCUUCCAGUGUUUCUUAUACAAAAAUAAUAGCCAACAAGUACAACUUCUACAGACUCUUCUUCCACAAGGAAAUGAAACUUUACUAACAACAGGACAACUUUUAUGUGGAGGGUUGUUUUCACCAGAUCCAUUAUCUAACUGGCUUUCUGCGAUAGCAUUGUCAUAUACUGUAAUGGACAGUUCAAAUAAUAAAGAACAGCUGCUUCGCGUUUUGCUAGCAACGAAUAUAGGCACACCACCCAUAACGCUAAUGGAACAAUGUGUUAUUCUUUUACAUCAAAAUAGUAAUAUUCAAUCCAAAUUAGGCCUUUUGACAUUAUUAUGUACAUGGACUAGUUACUGUUCUCUUGCUGUGAAAUUCUUUUUAAGUAUUAAUUCAUCCGUGCCCUACUUGAUUGGGCUUCUAUCUUCUAAUGAAAACAAUGAAGAUAUGCAAGAAAUGAUGCUACGAAGUUUAUGUUCUUUCCUCAUUGGAAUAUGUGUCAAGUACAACGAUGAUACUGUGAUUCAUUAUUCGAAGGAAAAUUUGUGCCGCUUAAUUGAAAAUAGAAUAGGAUUGGAAAAUUUUCAAGAGUCUAUUACAAAUAUAACAAAACACGAACUUUAUUCUCGCUCCCUGAAAUUACCUCAACCCUCUGCCAAGAAUAAUUCUGAAUUACUAUUGGAUCAUGAAUUUUGCAAGUUAUUAAAAACUUUAGAAGUGGAUAUUCUGAAAUCAGUCAUUAAUUCAAAAAGCCAAACAGAAGGACGAAAAGAUGAACCACCAUCAGAUUCAAUCUUGGUGAUUCAAUACAAAGAAUUAAUACGAAAACAAGACUUUGAAAUCGAAAAACUCAAUAAAUCAAUUUGCGAUAUCAUAGAAGAGAAGAGAGAACUAGAGUGCCAUAUUCAAAAUUUACGAUAUGAAAUUACUUCCUUGUUGGAUCAGAAUAAAAUAUUACGAACUGCAAAUGUGAACUCAAACGAUAAGUUAACUAUAGGUGAUUCCAUCAUUACCGAAGAAUCAAUAAAUGAUUUUAAAAGUAAAAUAAACAAUUUAGAAGACAGCUUAUCACAGUCUUACAUUUUAAUAAGUAAUUUGCAAAGUCAAUCUACCAAAGACGAACUUGAAAAGCAAAAAAAAAGUUAUGAUGAAAAAUGUGAAGAAUUAAUACAAUUACAGAACGACCAAGAAGAUUUAUUAGAAUUAUUGGCAUAUCAAGAUAAAAAAUUGAAAAAGUACGAAAAAAAGCUAUUAGAUCUUGGUGAAAAGGUAGAUUUAGAUGGAAGCAGCGAUGAAACUCCUUAACAAAAAUGAGAAACUAAAUAAAUAUAUUAAAUAAAACUUUAUUCAAUAUAACAAUGGUGAUAAUUAUUUCGGCUAUUCUUUACCUUAAUAAUUUUAUUAAAAAGUUAUAUGUAUAUACCCUGAUUCAGUAAAAUACAAUUCAAUAAGCUACAAUUUAAUAUUAUUUCUCAAAUGAAUUUUCGUUUGCGGUAUAUUUUCCUAUUAACGUAGGAAUUUAUUAAAGUUUGUGGUAGCGGACCUGCGGCAUGAAUACCAAAAAAUCAGCCUAUGUGGCACUAUACACAGUAGAUCCACAAUGCACAGUAAGUUUAUAUAAUUAUUUUUUAGGUAAACAAAAUUUAACAAAUUGUACUUCAUAAUUACAAUAUGUUGUAUUUAAUCAAAACUAACAAAAUAUUGUGUGCUACAUUGUAGAUUUACAUUG